GCGUGCGGGUGACGCACAGCGCUGGGCGGUUAGCGGCAAGAUGGAUCCCGAUCUCUUCCUUCGAAAGGUGUCUACGUUGCAGGCCGGCUUCCGGGGCUUCUUGGUCCGACGUCAAUUCCAGAGCCUUCGAGCUGAGUAUGAGGCAAUUGUAGAGGAGAUUGAGGGUGACGUCCGCACACUUCGGUGGACUGGGGGCUGGAUUCCCAAGCCCAUAUUUCUCCCAGAGGCAAAAUCUCAUCGAUCCUGGAAAAUAGAGAAAAUACCAAACCCAGAGCAGAAACUAUCGAGCCAUUCCCCACAUAAAGACUCUGAAAAAGAACUCCUCUGGGAGGAGAUGGUGCUGAGGAAGACAGAUAAAAACCCAGCAGAGCCAGGAAGUCUUUGCAGAGGUGACAGCGCCUGGCCACAGGCUGAGCCGGGCAGGAAAGCCAGCCAGGGGAACAGUAGAGACCCCUCCAUCUCCAAGGUGCAAAGUGCAGUCACAGAUCUAGGAUUGUCCCAGACACAACAGGAACUCCAGGAGCAGCGCAACCACUUGGCCAUGGAGCUGCUGUGGCUACAGCAGGCCAUUAACAGUCGGAAGGAGUACCUGAUUCUCAAGCAAACACUGCGAUCCCCAGAAGCAAGCCAGAUCAGAGACAAGCCUACUAAGAUGUGCCUGAAGCACAGGGGACAGGCCUAUGAGGAGACCUGGUUGCAAUCAAGCUGUGUUCUGGACAACCAAUCCUAUAGAGACGGGGUCAUAGGAGAGCCACAUCAUGCAGAGGAUUCCUGCCACAGGGGCACAUUGCAGCCGCAGAAACCCCCAGACAGUAUGACCAGUACAAGCAAAGCCACUGCUGGGGCUAAAGGCGGGGAACUCUAUCGGAACUCUGGUUCACAGCUGCCUACAGCAUUAGAGAGCCAGGCUGGAGGGGUCAGGGUCACCAAAGGGCCAGACCGUGGAGGACAGCCCUUUAAUGAAACCUCCCGACAGCAGCUGAAACUCCUAGAAGAUCAGACUCUUAGGGACCUCAAAUUGAGGAGUUCUUAUUCUGGAAAGGUCGAAACACAGCUGCCCACUCUCAGUGAAAAUCUAAAUAUUGAGGACAGAUAUUCCAGAAAGCCAAGCUACAAAGAGGCUGACUGGCCAGAGCGCCGGGCCCUAUGAUCUGAGUAUCUCAGAAGGCCGCAGGAUUUGGGAUGAGACCUUGGCAGGGCAGGAACAUGGUAGCCUGGAUCUCACAGAGACCAAACCACCCAAGAGCCAGCCCCUAGUGCUAGGGCUUCCAGCCAUGGGUCUGCAGUGAGCUUAGUGCAGAAGGAUGGGAGAGCACGGACUCUGCAGUGGAAAUGAAAAGCACUGGAGAACUUGUCUUCCACAAGACAGGCCUGGGGGAAGGGCAGAAAACGGAAAGCAGGACCAGCAGGCAACCUGGGGACCCAGGAAAGGAAGGGGGUGCUAUGAAAAAUGAUAUGGAAGCAGGCCCUUGUCCUGCCUCCCUGGCCCCACAUCUGCCUUUGGUAGCUGUCUGGCUAAGAGAAGCUGCAGGGCUGAGCUGGUACAGUAGGAGAGAGAAGGACGACACGCCCUUUUCUCUUCUGCCUGUGACUUAAACCAAAUUUUGUGGAUUGAUGUCUACUUGCAGGCACAAAAUAUGGCAGUGAAAAAGGCAAGCGGGCUGAGAAUUUGAGAGGCGGGACAGAGUAAGGAGGAGGAGAGAAGGAUGACCCAGAUCCGGUGGCUUUAAAUAGCCACAGGUGGCUAUGAACCUUAUAUGGGAUGGGUAAUUACAGGACAAUUUGUCUUAUCUAGGUGGGCAGUUUGUCAAUUUCAGUUAGCCCUGAGUUUAUUGUGUGGACGUUUUGUGGGGUGAGAAUUUACUGAUAUAAAUUUGAUUGAUAAAUUACAA